UUGCUUCGCGCUCCGAGCUGCCGUCGGCGUGCUCCCUUGCCCCGCCCUGGUUAGUGUGAAGCCUGCCGGCCAGGCCUGCGCAGUUGCAGCGCCCGGGGAAGAUGGUGGAGGACGGCACCGAGGAGCUGGAGGACUUGGUGCAUUUCUCCGUGUCGGAGUUGCCUAGUCGUGGCUACGGCGUCAUGGAGGAGAUCCGGCGGCAGGGCAAGCUGUGCGAUGUGACGCUCAAGAUUGGGGACCACAAAUUCAGUGCUCACCGGAUCGUCUUAGCAGCCUCCAUCCCGUACUUCCAUGCUAUGUUUACUAAUGACAUGAUGGAGUGCAAGCAGGAUGAGAUUGUAAUGCAAGGAAUGGAUCCCAGUGCCCUGGAGGCUCUCAUCAACUUUGCUUAUAAUGGCAACCUUGCUAUAGACCAGCAAAAUGUGCAGUCGUUGCUGAUGGGGGCAAGCUUCCUGCAGCUGCAGAGCAUCAAAGACGCUUGUUGUACGUUCCUCCGAGAAAGGCUUCACCCCAAAAAUUGCCUGGGCGUGCGCCAGUUUGCCGAGACAAUGAUGUGUGCUGUUCUGUAUGAUGCAGCCAACAGCUUCAUCCACCAGCACUUUGUGGAAGUGUCCCUGUCUGAAGAGUUCCUGGCCCUGCCCUUGGAAGACGUGCUUGAGCUGGUGUCUCGGGAUGAGCUGAAUGUGAAGUCAGAGGAGCAGGUGUUUGAAGCUGCCUUGGCCUGGGUCAGAUACGACCGGGAGCAGAGGGGACCGUGCCUGCCAGAGUUGCUGUCUCAUAUCCGCCUGCCUCUCUGCCGGCCCCAGUUCCUAUCAGACCGAGUCCAGCAAGAUGACCUGGUGCGUUGCUGUCACAAAUGCAGGGACCUGGUAGAUGAAGCAAAGGACUAUCACCUCAUGCCGGAGCGCCGGCCCCACCUGCCAGCUUUCAGGACUCGGCCUCGAUGCUGCACAUCCAUCGCUGGGCUCAUCUACGCCGUGGGGGGCCUCAACUCAGCAGCAAAUUUUUAUGCAGGUGAUUCCCUGAAUGUGGUGGAAGUGUUCGACCCCAUCGCCAAUCGCUGGGAAAAGUGCCAUCCCAUGACAACAGCCCGCAGCCGUGUGGGAGUGGCUGUGGUGAACGGGCUUCUCUAUGCUAUCGGGGGCUAUGACGGUCAGCUGCGGCUGAGCACUGUGGAGGCCUACAAUCCAGAGACGGACACAUGGACCAGAGUGGGGAGCAUGAAUAGCAAGCGAAGUGCCAUGGGGACAGUCGUGCUGGAUGGACAGAUCUACGUCUGUGGAGGCUAUGAUGGCAACUCUUCCCUCAACUCUGUGGAGACCUACUCACCUGAGACAGACAAGUGGACUGUGGUGACUCCAAUGAGUUCAAACCGCAGUGCGGCUGGGGUUACAAUCUUCGAGGGCAGGAUAUAUGUGUCCGGUGGCCACGACGGUUUGCAGAUCUUCAACAGUGUGGAACACUACAACCACCACACGGCCACCUGGCACCCAGCGGCCAGCAUGCUCAACAAGCGCUGCCGACAUGGUGCUGCCUCCCUGGGAAGCAAGAUGUUUGUUUGUGGGGGCUAUGAUGGCUCUGGUUUCCUCAGUAUUGCUGAGAUGUAUAGCUCUGUGGCAGACCAGUGGUGCCUCAUAGUACCCAUGCACACACGCCGGAGUCGGGUCUCCCUUGUGGCCAGCUGUGGGCGCCUCUAUGCAGUGGGUGGUUACGAUGGACAGUCAAACCUAAGCUCGGUGGAGAUGUAUGACCCAGAAACGGACCGCUGGACAUUUAUGGCCCCCAUGGCAUGCCAUGAGGGAGGGGUUGGUGUGGGCUGCAUCCCUCUUCUCACCAUCUAGGGAGAGGGUGGGAUGUGGUGGGUUAGGGAUCUGGUACAAGCAUAGGCGCUUCCUUUCAGAGGGAAGUCCUCUCAGAAGAGGCAGUGGUGGAGCAGAAGACGGGGUGAAGUGUGAGCCUGCCAGAGGGACAGUGUUUCCAGGUGCUCAAGUCCUCCCUCACUGUGCUGCCCUUGAGACCUUAGGUUAUCAAGACGCACAGCACAGGACAGAAGCCUCUCUGGUCCCACAGCCAGUAACACGGAAGUGGUUUGCUGGCCCGUGUGUACACAGGCUCCAUCCAAGCCCAGCUGCACCUGCUGCAGUGCUGGCCCAGCUCCCACUUGCCACAGUGCUGAGUGCCCCUGCGCAGGAGGCCUUCCAGCCGACGCUCCUCCUUACCUGCUUGUGUGCAGCCAUGUUGUGGCCAGUUUGCCAUGGGAAGCGGCAGUGUCCUGCCUAUUGGAAACUGUGGGGUAAAGCUGGGAGAGAAAGGACGCCCUGGUGUCCUGACUGCCUGUGAUGGAGCAGCUACAACAGCGUGCUGCGUGCACACGGGCUCUUCCUUCCAUCAUGGGGCAGUUAGAACAGCGUGCUUGCUACGUGCACACAGGCUCUUCCUGAUGGGUGCAGACAAUCUCAUCCCUGUCUGCAGCAAGCAGGAAGGCAGAAGUCUUCCCCAUGCCUGAUGUUUUGGGAAUUUAGUGAGGUCUUUCUCUGCUUGUCCCAGAGAACCAGAAGGGGACUAGAGAUGCUUGAAAGAAACUGGAGGAAAUGGAAACAAGAAAAUGCUUGAGAGAAACUGGAAGGAACAGACUUCUUUAAGAGAACAUUUUCACAGGAAGAAAGCAAAAGAUACUAAAAGCAAAUGCACAUUUAAAUGGAAAACCAUCAAACAUGACAACAGUGUAUCCACUCCCACAUUCGGAUCCCAGGGUCCCGAGCCCUCCUAAAGCAGUUGGGGUUCCCUCUGAGCCUCAGUGUGUCUGAAAUCAGGGCAUUCUUGACUGGACCUGUAGCACGGUGCUCAUGGGGUUAGUCUCCUCAGCUACCAUCAGAGGACUUUUUAAAUCAUAGGCGUAGGGAGCUGGCUGAAGUACUGCCACUCAUCUCUACAGGAGCUCUCAGCAUCGCUGGGACUCAGAUGUCCCCGUGAUUACCUCCUUCUGCCACCCAGCGCUCCUUCAGAUCCCUUCUCCCACAUACAUUCCUUCCCUCUUUGGCCAGCAGGAAACAGCAUGUCUGGCCAGGUUCGCACUUAUCCAUCUACCAUCCUUGAGUAACUUCUCACCAUGAUGCUUCUGGGGCACAUUGGCCAUUUGUACCUCUAGGACCUAACCAGGGGCUUGCUCCUACCAGCCGUGGACUAGCUUGGUCAGGUGACCUGUUUGCCCUGCCAUUCCCCUGCUUUUCCAUCCGCUCGCCAACCCCGAGGGUCCACCUUCCCUCCAGCCCUUGGCAGACUGACCAGCAAGGUGGGCCUUUACAUCAAGCAACGCUGGCUUCGUGAUAUAAAGACCUAAAGACUAAAGUCUUUCGCUGCUGCAAAGAAGAGAUUUUAUAUUUCUUCCUUUAAUCUUGGCAAAUGACCUCGUGAAGAGACUCCAUGCUCCUUCCUCCUCUGGAUGGGACCUUAUCGUAGCACAGAAGGACCCAGAGAGGAGAUUUUUCUAUCACCAGUGCACUGGGCAGUGGGGUGACCUUCACCUGCUGCUGCCAAAAUCUGUUUUUCUAAAAUUCUUCCAGUAGAGACUAGAAGGUUACAAUUACUUUAGCCCCAAACUGGGUCUAAGGGUCCCACUCUCCACCUGAUUGGUUUCUUGCCCAUUGCUGCCUGCCUGGAGCAGCCUAGAAGCCGGUCCAGAAAAGCCCAGUGUGAAGCCUGGGGGUAUCCCUUACUCCAGACGGUCAGGUUGACCAGUGUGUGCAAUGGCCAUGGAUUCAGGAGGAAGGACUUUCGUUCCCUGCCACUUAAGAGCUGGGCCUCUGCUAUAAGCACUUGAAAAUAAUAUUUUUAUUUUAAAAGACUGAACAAUCUGAUAACUGAAAGAUACAUUUUAACUAGGCUCCCAGUGGAAUGCCAGCAUUUCUUCCUGCCCCUCAGUUUGCCUGCUGAAAUAGACUCUUGGGAGGCCAGGGGUCUCGGUUUUCUGUUAGUCCUGUCAGGAAGGGUGUAUCCGUGCUCAUCUUAUUAAGUCCUUUCUUCUGUGAAUGUACUGCCCGGCCUCAACUGUGAAGGUGCUGAGAACCAGUCGGUGAGCUCCCAGGUAGAUCUCCUGGAUCCUUACAAUGCCAGCAGACUGUAUCACUGGAGAUGAUACAUCCUCAUCCCUGUCUGCUGCUGUUGGAUUAGCUUUCCUGAGUCUCCUAGUGUAGAGCUUUCACUGUGCACACAGAGACAGUGUUUCCACGAAAGAUCAAGUCAGUGUUUGAAUCUGGGCUCUGAGCACACUUGGGCAAACAGGAACCUUUUCCUACUCCCCGGUCUGAGGGCAGGUGGCUGGUCUGACUCUUUAGUGUUGGAACAGUGGGAUCAUGGGAAAACAGACAUCACCAAAGGACAUUGUGGAAAGAAUGUAACAAGGAGAUGAGAUAGUUCAGACACGCCUGGUGGACCAUGGGGUCUGGCCACUGUCCUUUCUUGUUUCCCAUUCUUGGUUCUUCUCUUCUGGCUUUCACCAGAGACCACAAGCAGAAGAGAACUGAAGACCAGCCUCUUGAUGGAACAUAAAGAUGGAAAUAAGUAGAAAUGUUGUCCCUCUUCACCCACAGUUGUUUCACAGGAAACUUUUUAUUUAUAGAACGCAUGUCUUUUGUGUUAAGAAACCAAAGAGAAAUAAAGAGAACACUCUUAA